AUUUACCCAAAUUAGGUCUUCGCAUCAGUGAGCACAGAUGUCAGGAACGUGUGAUUCUAAAUCAGUGUGGUUUAGCCAUCAUGGCAUGACUUCAAGGAAUACUGGACAUGGGGAUAAUGCAUGCACACAGAUUGCCUAAUCCUGUUUAAACCACAAUCUCUCACGAGUUUGCUGCCCUGCUUUCACUUCUGCAACUGGCCAAAGAGUCACUCACCUUUUGGAACAAUAUAAAACUGUUUCGGACUGUGAAACACGCAUACACAUCACUCUAAACUUAGAAGCAGGACAUGUGGAGAGAGGACAUGGUGAGGGAGCCUGUCUCAGUCACUCGGCUGGAAUGUUGGAAACGUUUAUUUGAAAGUAUACAUAUCUAUGUGAAGGAACAAGAACAUGGACCCUUGAACUCAGGAAAUGACACACCCCCCGGCACAAUCUAGUAACGUUUUAGAGUUUUUAUUUGUUUUGUUUAUUUUCCAUCUCUGUCUUUGAUGGAAAACAACUGAUUAUGUGGCAUUUUUCAUUCAGAUGACACUUAGAAUUGGACAUUGACCGCGUAGCUAUCUCACUACUGUAACGCCUGCUUGUCUCUUGAAGAGUGAUAUUUAAAUUCUACCUUGACACACCUUUCUCCUGCCUCCACAUAUCUCUCAUUUCUGUGGAAGACCGGGACGUUUGACAUCAGCACUUAACACGCAAUAUUCCACCACAAUCUAGUGCUAAGUAAAUUGCUAUAGCCUCCUUGCAAGACCAAGGUGUGUUCAUUUUGGUCUGAUUUAUAGUUUUAAGAUGUAUUGUUUUAUUUUAUGUUAUUUAAACUCUUGGUUGACAUGUAGCCAUCAUUUCUAAGCUGCACUUUAUUGAUAAAUAUCAAGAUAAUUUCAAACUGUAAUUUAAGCAUAUCUUUGAGUUAUAUUUUUUUAAUCUUUAGGGGUAUAUAUAUAAUGUUUUAAUUUUAAACUUGAAAAGUAUAUCGUUUUUGUUUACAAGCCUUGUCUGUCGAUCAUUCCGAAAUGGACAAAUCUAGAAUCUGAUAGCAUUUAAGGACAAGGAAGACAUAAUCUGGAAUUGACAGAUCUAAGAUCGAUCCUUGUCUUCGGCAUUUGCGUUGUGAAGGCUGGUGUUUUUCAUUGUUUUUAUGUUCCUCUGUUGGAUUGACACACUAAAGAGAAGAAUCUCCAUCUGAAGGCCAGUGGGAGUUAUUUUUUCUUGGAUCGUACAAUACUUCUUUGAGUGCAGAUGGAUUUCACACGUCAAACUCGGAGGUGCUUUUGUGGCGUUGCCUUUGCAAUUCAAGCACUGAAGUGGAAGAAUGAUUUUAAGGUUUCAAGGAUAAAUAACUUGUGUUUUUAAUACAGACUGACAGGUCUAUAGUUAUAUUUUGGUCUUCCUAGCAGAUCCUAAGGAGAGGUGCUUCUAUUUGAUUCUCCUUUAAGGUGGCCAUCAGUGGCGAAAUGAACUGACAUGUGUAUCACUGCCUGAAUUUAAACAGGCUUAUUCCAUCCAACAAACUGCCAACUGCAUGAAACACUCACACACCGUCCACCUGUCAGGAAACAGACCGUACCUACCCUAAACCUGAGGGUUGGAAGUCCUCUCCCGUCAAGCCCCCCACACUAAGGAUGCGUUCCCCAGAGCCCCCCCUCCCAUCCCCAGCUGAGGCGCUCCUCCACUGCCAGUUCGGGGGCUGGGGAACGGACAGCAGCUGCAACAGCUGCCCCAACAGUCCUGGAGGUCCUGGGGGUCUGUCGUCCCCUUCUCCCUCCCCCAACCCCUCUCCUGCCUCCAGCUACGCCUUGACCCUCACCCCCUCCCACAUCCACGUCCAGCGCCUGGCCCCCCGCCCUGGUAAAGAGGCACGUCUAAUACUACCCCUGUCAGAGCUGGCAGGGUGCAGCUGUCCCCGUGCCCCUGCUCCCCCCUUGCUGGUUCUAUACUGGUAUCCCCCGGGGAGGCGGAGGAAGGGGGUGUCCAGGAGGAGGCAGGUGAGGGCGUACCUGGCUGAGGCCAGGGUGGAGGCUGAGAGGUGGUCCACUGCUAUACAAUGUCUGCUCAGGGGAGUCGCCAUCACUGCUGACACAGGUGAGUGUGUGUUCCACUAACACAGCUACAAUCAGUUAUCUUGUCUGUUUGUAUGCUAUGUUACAGUCCAGGCACACUAUGUGUAGGUUCAGAGGUUAUUGUAACAUCCCAGUUGUUGGAAUCAGUCUGAUGUUCCCUAAUGCCCAUCAUAAAGACAGGCACAGUGUCACCGUGAGAGAGAAUGAAGCCAAAUCAGCACUCGUUAUGGCGUUUGACGUCGACUACUUCCUAUCCUGUGUACAGACUUUAACUGUGCCUUCAUUAACUUAAUGAGCACCAUUCACUCCAUAAAGUUUGUUUCCAUAAAUGAGAGCGUUUAUGUUAGUUAUUGUUAACUGGAGUCAUACAGGGUGACCUGAGGUCCUUUUGAUGUAGGAGGCCAGAGGAUACAAGUGAAUAUAGGCCUAGGCUACUGUAUGAAUACCAUGCAUGUUCUAACAGAUACAGGCUAGUUCAGUUCAUUUCUGACCAUGCUAGAUAUAGGCUACUGCAUAAUGGCUGUAGAAAACUGUAUAAUGGCCAUGUGAUAAAGAAUGAAUGGAUAUAGCCCAAUGCUGUUGUACGUACAUACAGCAUGCUAUGUUCAGUCAGGAGGCCUGACUAUUAAAAGUCUUUAAGUAUUGUUUAAGGGUUCAUUCAUGUAUGUGAACAAACGUGUUAUUUAAUUUUUCUUGUGUGUGUGUGUGUGUGUG